AGACGGUUCUGAGUCCAGUACUGCGUCAUUGGACUGCAGCAGGUCUCGGCGCAGGUCCAUUGCGGCCUGACAAGCCUCGUAGCUAAGGCUCCAGGCUGCUUCCCCUGCUGCGGUUUCCUGCGCGCUGCCUCUGUGACCCCGCCCCCACCGCGCCACUGCCACAGCUGCUGCAGUCCGUGUUGCCACUGGAUCCAGGCCGCCGCCGCUGCAGUCUCCGCCGCCCGACCCUCUCCGGCCUUCGCCACCGCUGCCACCGCUGCCACCGCCCCCACCGCCGCCGCCACCGGAGCAUCCGUGAGUCCUUUUCUGUCCGUCUCUGGGUGCACGAUCUCUGCUGUUGUCACCACCUUAAAUAGGUGUACGGGGCUAACAGUAUGGCAGAAGCGGAUCCUAAAAUGGUCACAGAACCUGGUGCCCAUGGGGUUGCUGAAGAGGCGAUGGCUAGCAGAGCUUGUGAUUCUGGGGAUGAAUCUGACAGCAAUAGCUCUAGCAGUACCACUAGUUGCAGCAGCAGCGGCAGCAGCAGCAGCAGUGGCAGCAGUAGCAGCAGCAGCAGCAGCAGUAGCAGCAGCAGCAGCAGCAGCAGCAGUAGCGGUAGCAGUGGCAGCAGCAGCAAUGGCAGUCAUUUAAACAGAAAGAAGAGGGUACCUGAGCCUUCCAGAAGGGCCCAGCGACGUCCCUCCGGGAAACUUUUCUUGGAUAAGCUGCCCCAAGCCGUAAGAAAUCGGGUCCAGGCACUCAGAAAUAUUCAGAAUGAAUGUGACAAGGUAGACACCUUGUUCUUAAGGGCAAUUCAUGAUCUUGAAAGAAAGUAUGCUGAACUCAAUAAGCCUCUAUAUGAUAAGCGUUUUCAGAUCAUAAAUGCAGAAUAUGAGCCUACAGAAGAAGAGUGUGAAUGGAAUUCAGAAGAAGAGUUCAGUGGUGAUGAAGAAAUGCAUGAUGACACACCUAAUGAAAUGCCACCCUUAGAGGGUGAGGAGGAAGAAGAAAGCUGUAAUGAAAAAGCUGAAGUGAAGGAAGAAGGAAAGCAUGUUCCAGAAGAAGUUCCUGAGGCAAAAGUUGAAGAAGAGGAGGCUCCCAAAGAAACUCCUGAGGUGAAAACUGAAGAAAAAGAAAUUCCAAAAGAAAGUGCUGAAGAAAAAGCUGAAGAACAGGAAUCCUCUAAAGAAAUUCCUGAGGUAAAAGGUGAAGAAAAAGCAGACUCUACGGAUUGUAUAGAUAAAGCUCCUGAAGAAAAAGAAGACCUCAAAGAAGUUACCCAGGCAAAUACAGAAACUAAGGAUCAACCUACAGAAGAAUUUACACCAAAGGCUCCAGCAAGAGAGGCUCAAAAAAGGGUCCCCGAGACAAGGCCUGAAGAAGGAGUCAAUAUUAAAAGGGCUCGAAAGGGAAAACCUAAGAAAGAAGAUCCUAAAGGUAUUCCUGACUACUGGCUGACUGUUUUAAAGAAUGUUGAUAAGCUUGGGCCUAUGAUUCAAAAGUGUGAUGAACCCAUUUUGAAGUUCUUAUCUGAUGUGAGCCUGAAGUUCUCAAACCCUGGCCAGCCUAUUGGUUACACUUUUGAAUUUCAUUUUCUACCUAACCCAUACUUCAGAAAUGAGCUCCUGAUGAAGACAUACAUAAUAAGGUCAAAACCAGAUCACUACGACCCGUUCUUCGCGUGGGGAUGGGAAAUUGAAGAGUGUAAAGGCUGCAAAAUAGAUUGGAGACGAGGAAAAGAUGUUACGGUGACAACCACCCGGAGUCGCCCUGGUAUUACAGGGGAAAUUGAAGUCCAGCCAAGAGUGGUUCCUAAUGCAUCCUUCUUCAAUUUCUUCAGUCCUCCUGAGAUUCCUUUGAUUGGGAAGCUGGAACCAAGAGAAGAUGCUAUCCUUGAUGAGGACUUUGAGAUUGGUCAAAUUUUGCAUGAUAAUGUCAUCUUGAAGUCAAUCUAUUACUUCACAGGAGAAAUCAAUGAUCCCUACUACCAUGAUUUCAGGGAUUAUGGAAAUAGGAAGUACUACAAGUAGAAAGGGCAAGCUGAAAAAUCUUUCAAGAAUCCUAAAAAGUUAAGCAAGCAGAAGUGAAAUAGAGUCAUCUAAACUUCUAAAAUAGAAAACUUGCCCCAUAACCUGAACAGUAUUACUCCUUAUAGUCUGGUGUUUUCAUUUUUCCUGGUAAUGUCUUAAAAAGUGUCUUAAGCUUCUGUUUAUUCUAUCUUGCCUGUUGUAUUGUAAUAUUCUUCAAAAUAUGUAAACUGCUGUUAAUUUCCAAAGCAUGUUUUGUUUGGUGCUACAGUGUUGGUUUUGUGAAGUCAGUUUUUGUCAUGUUGCUAUUAGAUUGUACCUGUGAAAAUUGUCAGAUUUGUUAGAGAAAUCCUUGCCUGAAUAAGCAACAUUUUAAAUGCCAAUAUACAUGUGUUUUCUCUUUCUUUUUUUCAGCCCAGAAGACUAAAGACUUAAAUCUGCUUGCACUAGAUGUGCCUUCAUUACUUUGCCAUAGAAAUGUAGUAAUAAUAACAACUGAAACAUUCUAUUGUGAAAUGUAGUUGCUUGAAAAAAAGAUGAGAAUAUAUUUAAAAAUGUCAGGAUCAAGUAGAUUUUUGUGGGUUUGUUUAUGUGAUUUAUUGGUCUGUUAGCAAAAGUAUUGUUUACCACUAAGGUGUUAAAUAUGGUAUAGUAUUUUAAAAAUUUUCUUCGUUGUAUAUUGUGUAAUUGAAAACUAAAGAAACCGUAUUUUCUUUGUAAUGUGUUCUACAUUGCCUUUUAAAAAUUAUUUCAUCAUUUGAUACAUUAUCAUGUUCUUUUAUUGUACCUGGAGUAAAUAUCAAAUAAACUGCCAUGCUAUAAA